GGCGCGGGGCGGCGGCCCGGCCCUGGGCGCCCGCCGCGGCCGGGGCAGCGGAGCGCGGGGCCGGCGGCCGGCGCCUUUGUGAGCGGCGCGGACACAACAAAGGCGCGUCCGGGCGGCCGGGCCGACACACCGCUGGACCGAGCUGGACCUUGUCUGAUGGCUUCUUCCGACCCCCCUCCACAGGCUGCCACAGGAGAUCUGCUGGUUCCCGGAGGCCCAGGCCCCUCCCCCGAGGCAGAGGACGACCCCGGAGAGGCCUUCGAGUUUGACGACAGCGAUGAUGACGAGGACACCAGCGCCAGCGCUGGCCUGGGCGUCCCAGGCGUGGCUGCAGACAGAGAUGCUGCCGCUCCACUGAUCCACUUGGACUCGGCUCCCAGCUCUGACCCGGAUCCAGUGGCUGCACCCCAGGCGCAGGCCCCACCCCCGCUGAGUAACGGGGAUGCCCAGGACGUGGCCUUCUCCGGGGUCCCGCGUUCCAGCUGGAAACGGAAAAGCUCCCGUCGCAUCGACCGGUUCACUUUCCCCGCCCUGGAGGAGGAUGUGAUCUACGACGACGUUCCCUGCGAGAACCUGGACGCGCAUCAGCCCGGGCUGGACCGGAACUUGCCCUACGAGGAUGUGCACCGGGACGGGGCCCUGCGGGAGGCGGAUGACCUAGGCUGGAGCUCCAGCGAGUUUGAGAGCUACAGCGAGGACUCGGGGGAGGACGCCAAGCCAGAGGCCCAGCCUGCCAAGCACCGAGUGUCCUUCCAGCCCAAGCUUUCUCCAGACCUGACCAGGCUAAAGGAGAGGUACUGCAGGACUAAGCGAGACAUCCUGGCUUUGCGCGCCGGGGGGCGAGACAUGCGGGAGCUGAAGCAGAAGUACGAUUGUAAGAUGACCCAGCUCAUGAAGGCCGCCAAGAGCGGGACCAAGGACGGGCUGGAGAAGACCAGGAUCGCUGUCCUGCGCAAAGUGUCCUUCCUGCACAGGAAGGACGUCCUCGGUGACUCAGAGGACGAGGACAUGGGGCUCCUGGAGGUCAGCGUCACGGACAUCAAGCCCCCAGCCCCGGAACUGGGCCCCAUGCCAGAGGGGCUGAGCCCUCAGCAGGUGGUCCGCAGACACAUUCUGGGCUCCAUUGUGCAGAGUGAAGGCAGCUACGUGGACUCCUUGAAGCGGGUGCUCCAGGAUUACCGCAACCCGCUGGUGGAGAUGGAGCCCAAGGCGCUGAGCCUGCGGAAGUGCCAGGUGGUGUUCUUCCGCGUGAGGGAGAUCCUGCACUGUCACUCCAUGUUCCAGAUCGCCCUGUCCUCCCGCGUGGCCGAGUGGGAUGCCACCGAGAAGAUUGGGGACCUCUUCGUGGCCUCGUUCUCCAAGUCCAUGGUGCUGGACGUGUACAGUGACUAUGUGAACAACUUCACCAAUGCCAUGUCCAUCAUCAAGAAGGCCUGCCUCACCAAGCCUGCCUUCCUGGAGUUCCUCAAGCGGCGGCAGCUGUGCAGCCCUGACCGUGUCACGCUCUACGGGCUGAUGGUGAAACCCAUCCAGCGCUUCCCGCAGUUCAUCCUCUUGCUCCAGGACAUGCUGAAGAACACGCCCCGGGGCCACCCGGACCGGCUCUCGCUGCAGUUGGCCCUCACUGAGCUGGAGACGCUGGCCGAGAAGCUCAACGAGCAGAAGCGCUUGGCCGACCAGGUGGCCGAGAUCCAGCAGCUGACCAAGAGCGUCAGCGACCGCAGCAGCCUCAACAAGCUGCUGACAUCGGGCCAGCGGCAGCUGCUCCUGUGUGAGACGCUGACGGAGACGGUGUACGGGGACCGUGGGCAGCUCAUCAAGUCCAAGGAGCGUCGGGUCUUCCUGCUCAACGACAUGCUGGUCUGUGCCAACAUCAACUUCAAGGGCCAGCUGGAGAUCAGCAGCCUGGUGCCGCUGGGGCCCAAGUACGUGGUGAAGUGGAACACGGCGCUGCCCCAGGUGCAGGUGGUGGAGGUGGGCCAGGAGGGCAGCUCCUACGAGAAGGACAACGUGCUCAUCCAGCAUGCCGGCGCCAAGAAGGCCUCUGUGGCUGGCCAGGCCCAGAACAAGGUGUACCUCGGCCCCCCGCGCCUCUUCCAGGAGCUUCAGGACCUGCAGAAGGACUUGGCCGUGGUGGAGCAGAUCACCCUCCUCAUCAGCACGCUGCAUGGCACCUACCAGAACCUGAACAUGACUGUGGCUCAGGACUGGUGCCUGGCCCUGCAGAGGCUGAUGCGCGUCAAGGAGGAGGAGAUCCAUUCAGCCAACAAGUGCCGCCUCCGGCUCCUGCUUCCCGGCAAGCCCGACAAGUCUGGGCGCCCCAUCAGCUUCAUGGUCGUCUUCAUCACCCCCAACCCCCUGAGCAAGAUCUCCUGGGUCAACAGGCUACACUUGGCCAAGAUUGGACUCCGGGAGGAGAACCAGCCGGGCUGGCUGUGUCCGGACGAGGAUAAGAAGAGCAAAGCCCCCUUCUGGUGCCCGAUCCUGGCCUGCUGCAUCCCUGCCUUCUCCUCCCGGGCCCUCAGCCUGCAGCUGGGGGCCCUGGUCCACAGUCCUGUCAGCUACCCAUUGCUGGGCUUCUCGGCGGUCAGCACCUCUCUUCCACAGGGCUACCUCUGGGUCGGGGGCGGGCAGGAGGGUGCGGGGGGCCAGGUGGAGAUCUUCUCCCUGAACCGGCCCUCGCCGCGCACAGUCAAGUCCUUCCCGCUGGCCGCCCCCGUGCUGUGCAUGGAGUACAUUCCUGAGCCAGAGGAGGGCGAGGACGCACACGGGGACCACCAGGACAGUCGGGCAGCCGCUGCCUCCGAGCCCGGAGCUGCAGUGCACCCGGCCAUUUGCUUGGGCCUCCAGGAUGGCAGCAUCCUGGUCUACAGCAGCGUGGACACGGGCACCCAGUGCCUGGCCAGCGGCAAGAGCCCCGGCCUGCAGCCCGUGCUCUGCCUGCGACACAGCCCCUUCCACCUGCUCGCCGGCCUGCAGGACGGGACCCUGGCAGCCUACCCUCGGACCGGCGGCGGCGUCCCCUGGGAUCUGGAGAGUCCCCCCAUGUGCCUGACGGUGGGCCCGGGGCCCAUCCGCACCCUGCUGAGCCUGGAGGACGCCGUGUGGGCCAGCUGUGGACCCCGCGUCACUGUGCUGGACGCCACCAGCCUGAAGACCCAGCAAAGCUUCGAGGCGCACCAGGACGAGGCGGUGAGCGUGACGCACAUGGUGAAGGCAGGCAGCGGCGUCUGGAUGGCCUUCUCGGCCGGCCCCUCCAUCCGCCUCUUCCACACCGAGACGCUCGAGCACCUGCAGGAGAUCAGCAUCGCCACCAGGACCACCUUCCUCCUGCCAGGCCAGAAGCACCUGUGUGUCACCAGCCUGCUCAUCUGCCAGGGGCUGCUCUGGGUGGGCACUGACCAGGGGGUCAUCGUGCUGCUGCCCGUGCCGCGGCUGGAGGGCAUCCCCAAGAUCACAGGGAAAGGCAUGGUCUCGCUCAACGGCCACUGUGGGCCCGUGGCCUUCCUGGCCGUGGCCACCAGCGUCUUAGCCCCCGACAUCCUGCGGAGCGACCAGGACGAGGCCGAGGGGCCCCGGGCGGAGGAGGACAGGCCGGAGGGGCAGGCCCCCGAGGCCGCGCCCGCGCCCGCCAGCCCAGCCGGCCGCGAGCUGGCCCGCAAGAAGGGCGUCCUGCUACAGUACCGCCUGCGCUCCACCGCGCACCUGCCCGGGCCGCUGCUGUCCGUGCGCGACCCCCCGCCCGCCGACGGUCCCGCGCUGGAGCACAGCGAGGAGGACGGCUCCAUCUACGAGAUGGCCGACGACCCCGACGUGUGGGUGCGCGGUCGGCCCUGCGCCCGGGACGCCCACCGCAAGGAGAUCUGCUCCGUGGCCAUCAUCUCGGGCGGCCAGGGCUACCGCAACUUUGGCAGCGGCCCGGGCGGCGGCGGGAGGCCGGCGCCCUGCGGGGAGACGGACAGCGCCCUCCUCAUCUGGCAGGUGCCCUUGACCCUAUAGCCCCCACCUGGGGCCCAGGGCUGGCCGCCUGGGUGUUCAGGGAUCGUCCCCGGGUGCCUCGCCUUUGAGGGAUGGGCUCAGAGUCCAGCGCGUGCACCUGGAGUCUCCAAGAACCUCCCCUGGCAGGGCAAGAAAAGAACCCUGUCGUUGGUGUGGAUGAGGCCGGAGAGCCCAAGGAGCAGGGGAGAAAAAAAAAGGAAACAAAAACCAAAAACUCGAAACCUCACAGACACUGGGCAUGCCCCUGGGCCUGCUGUCUGCCCCCCACCCCCCACCGCGGGGCCGGGUGCAGGGGGUGUGCGGUGUGUGAAUAUCUAUAAAUACGUAUAUAUAUAUAUGUGUACAUUCUAUGUGUAUAAAUAAAGUCUGUACAUAUCGGAGCUCUGGGAGAUGCUGGAAUAA